CCUUAGCGCGUUCCCAACAGAGGCAUCCCAAUAUCCUCCCCGAUCCUCACGAUGCAGCGUACACUGUUUGCCCUCGGUGCACUGGUAGCCCUGGUGUUUGGUGGCGCCAUCUGCACCCCACUAGCCGACCCCCCCGCUCCGACUCUCCAGGGAUCACUCGCGUUCGGUCCGGCUCGGUCCAGUAUUCCGGCCCCGGCAGCAGGACAACCGCAGCUGCUCGAGAGCACCCAGCUCGAUCGGAGCGAUGCGAACCGGCAACAGAUCGUGUAUACACUCGGAGGACGCCGUCCCGGUGACCGGCUCGUUGGGCUCUCGUCGGACAGCAAGUUUUGGUCGACCGCACAGGAUGUGAAGCUGGACCUGUCGUACCCGCAGGCGGGCGUGGGAGCGGUCGUCACCUACGUGGAGGUCACGGUAGACCAGAGCAGCCAGGUUGGGACCGGUUACGUGGUGGCGGGUGGAAUCGGUCAGCGCUUCAUAAGGCUGGUGAUCGAAGCGUACGGUACGCAGCACUUCAAAUAUACUGCCGCCAUCUACGGUGUUUGAAGCCUGACACCGCGUGACACCGAUUUGAACAAUCAAAAAUCCAAUAAAUAGACCACCGGGGCACGGCCGGGGAAGACUCUGCUGACUACGCAGAACCUACCCCCGGUCUUGCCUUUGCUGGCGUUAGCUCGUUA